AUGCAUGUGGUGUUUUACUUGCAAAUGUUUGCUCAAGUUUUAAACGUACUAGUUACUUCAAAGCUCAUAAAAAAUAAAGUGGUAAACGUGUUGACGUCCACAAGCUCGAAUAAUAAAGGAAAUUGCGUACAAAACUCCGAACACGUAGAAACGUCAUUCCUCAAGGAAUUAUGUAAAUCGAAUCCCGAUUUGGAAGAGUUUAUGACGGCCGCCGAUAUUUUGAUAAGGUCCGAUUGUGCUUUGAUCGAUUCGUGUAGAAGAGUGGUCGACCAACCUCACGACGAUGUCGAAGAAGUAGACUUCAUAGUGGUUGGCGGAGGAGUCGCGGGUCCCGUAGUGGCUGGUAGAUUAUCGGAAAACCCUAACUGGACGGUGACCCUUUUCGAAUCCGGUCCUGAGCAACCGGCGGCCAUCGACAUACCAGCUUUGCUGAGUUCGGCAAUCGCCACGAAAUACGAUUGGCAGUAUAUUACGACGCCGCAAAAACACGCUUGUUUGGCAUACGGUGGAGUGUGCGGUUGGCCCCGAGGAAGAUUGUUGGGAGGAACAGCUUCACUGUCGGGUUCGAUGUACUCGAGAGGGCACCGGGACGUUUACGACGAGUGGUUGAGGGACGGUAACGUCGGGUGGGGAUACGACGACGUAUUGCCGUUUUUCAAGAUGUCCGAAAACAACAGGGACUACAACACGGAAAUCCACGGGACUCGGGGACCGAUGCCCGUUCAAAAGCCCACGGAAAUUUUGCCGAUAGCUCGAACGCUGAUGGAAGCUGCGAGGGAAUUGGGGUACUCGGAGAUGGACAUGAGUGAACCGGACCCGAUGGGUUUCUCGAUCGCGCAGCUCAUGAUCAACAGCGCAAAGGUCCGGGUAACGACGCCCACGGCUUACCUACGGCCAUACCUGCGAAGCCGUGGACACCUGCGAGUCAAGAUCAACCGCCACGUGACCAAGCUGCUGGUGGCCGCAGACCGGCGGUCGGUGCACGGUGUAGAGUACGUGGACAGCUCAAACCGUACCAGGCGGCUGAUGGCCAGGAAGGAGGUGAUCCUGUGCGCGGGCGUUAUCGGGUCUGCGCACUUGCUCAUGCUGUCCGGCAUCGGGCCGGCAGAGGAUCUGCGGCCGCUGGGCGUGCCGGUGGUGCAGGACUUGCGGGUGGGCCACAAUCUGCAGCAUCACGUCGCUAGCAGGUUGGGCUUUCAGCUGAACGUAACGCACGACCGGAUGCUGACGUACGAGGCGAUCGGCCAGUACAUGAAGCAGAGGUCCGGUCCGCUGUCCACGACAGGCGGCCUCCAGGUGUCCGCUUUCCUGCGGUCCGCCCUGGCAGGGCCCAAGGACCCGGCUGACGUGCAGUUGUUCUUCGACGGCUUCUCGCCGAACUGCGCUUACUCCCAACCGGUGUACGGCGGGUGCAAGGCCACCGCAGACCUGGUACGCAUGAACGUGAGGCCGGUGAACGUGCGGCCACGGAGCCGGGGCACCAUCCGGCUGGCUAGCGCCGACCCUUUCGUCCGGCCCCGGAUCGAUCCCAAUUACUUGGCCACAGAGGAGGAUGCCGACGUGCUGGUGUGGGGUCUGCGGCUGGCCAACGAUCUGGUGCACACCAAGGCCCUGCAGCAGCUGGGUGCCAUUGUCGACCGGUCACCCAUCGACCACUGCAACAAGCACACGUUUGCCACCGACUCGUACUGGCGGUGCCUGGUCCGGUACCACACGCGAGGCGAGAACCACCACGCUGGCACGUGCAAGAUGGGCCCUGCCUCCGACCCGACGGCCGUCGUCGACCCCGAGUUGCGUGUCCACCGCGUCCGAGGCUUGCGCGUGGCCGACGCGUCCGUGUUCCCGACACAGCCCAACUGCAACCCCAUCGCGCCCGUCAUCAUGGUCGCCGAGAAGGCAGCGAAGUUCAUCAAGAACACGUGGCGCUGA